GGGGCUAAUGUCAUAGGUGUUUGUGCGUCAUAUCUUCCACCGAGGAUAUCACAGAUCUCCGCGGAGAUGUUAUUGUAUCGAAUCAUUCUUGAAUCACAAGGCCUCAGCACGGUAGGACCCAAACAUUGACCAAAGCUGAAAGCCAUGUUUCGACCCUUUUGCAUAAACCUCCCUCGUUUGCCUCGAAGGCCCAGCAAUUGCAGCUGGAGUUUAUCGGGUACCAAACCAAGUAAUAGUGUUGCCGCUUUUGAAGCAGCAGUGAGACCAUGCCCGGCAAUACGCAAGUUUACCAAGUGGCCCAGCACCCCGGCUCAUCACGGGCGGAGAUCGAGAAUGAACCGGACUGGGAGCUUCAUUCUCGUGAACACCGACUGGGUUAUCGUAACGCCAGCGGCAGAUAUGCAGGGAUAACCCACAUUGGCGAUGAACUGGCGGAAAACCCGGAGGAGGUUCGGGAGGCUCGCGAGCAGAUCGGCGACCUCAAACGAAAAGUCGAGAAGGGGAAGCUUGUCAAUUUUCGUGAUCUGAUCGAGGACCAGAAAAAUAGGGAGGCAUUUCAUCUUCGGCAUCCCGAGAAACGACCUUUCGGAUGGCGAUAUGUGCCCGAAUAUACUGAGGAAUGGGUUAAAUUGGGCCAGGAGUGGCCGACGAAUGUUCGUCGGAGGCAGGAAGAAGAAGAAAGUCCGAGGGAAGAGCAACAGAAGACGGAGCAGGAGGGGAGAAAGGACGACGAGGACAAACAAGUGAAUCAAGAGGAGCAGCAUGACGAAGGAAAAAAUGAAGAAAAAGAUACUCAGAAACCGACGCCGGAGCAGGAGACUGAAAAGCCAGUGGCCGAUAGGGACGAAAGCGAAGAGAAAUCCGAAAACGAACUUAGCCUAGAGGAGAUCUCACUCCUCCGAGCAGUCCGGCACGAGGAGGCGGUUAUAAAAAACCUAAAGCAGAAUAACGGGCAAGGAAGAUCAUCAGCGCCCGAGAACCCGUAUAUCACCAUUGACGAAGCAGAUCAGUUUACUGCGGAUAACUGGGUGCCUCGAUCUCCUGACCUCGUCCGGCUGACUGGAAAGCUGCCACUGAACGCCGAGCCGCAACUGUCAAAGCUCUUUAACGCCGGUCUCAUAACCCCAAAUGAGCUGCAUUAUGUGCGGAACCACGGCCCAGUGCCAAAAUUGGUCUGGGAAUUUCAUGAAAUCGACAUAGAAGGCGGCCGGGUGAAGCUUGGCAUGGAUGAGUUGACGAAGAACUUCAAAGCUAUCAAUAUCCCCAUCCUUCUGGCCUGUGAUAACACUCGGCGGAAAGAAUUGAACAUGAUCAAGCGUACAACAGGGUUCAACUGGGGCCCUGGGGGGGUGAGCUGUGCCUACUGGAAAGGCCCACUGCUCCGGGAUGUUCUCCUCGCUGCUGGGGUGCCCGAGCGAAUGCCUGACCAGGAUAAUCAACGGUAUUGGAUUCAUUUUGAAGGAGCCGAUGAGCCAAACGAAGCAGAAUAUGCUACAUCCAUUCCAUUCGACCAUGUCAUGGACCCUAGAAAUGAUGUGAUUCUUGCAUAUGAAAUGAAUGAUCGUCCCCUGCCACCUGACCAUGGGUAUCCAGUCCGCGUUAUGAUCCCAGGUUAUGUAGGAGGACGCUGUGUGAAAUGGCUGAGCAAGAUCUGGACUAGUAAUAAAGAAAACAACUCAUACUAUCAUCUCCACGACAACCGGAUGUUGCCUAGUUCUGUCACUGAUACAGAAAGCCAACUCGCCAAGUUGUUUUUCACUCACCCGGAUACUGCCUGCUAUGAACAGACCCUUAACUCAGUUAUUGCUAGGCCCGCUCAAGGGGAGAAGAUCUCAGUAAGUGAUGCUCGGAAAGGGAAGACGUACCGCAUUGCAGGAUUCGCCUACAGCGGCAGUGGCCAUCCGGUCCGUCGAGUUGAGAUAUCUCUAAAUAAUGGUAAGAGCUGGCUCUACUGCAUCCGCGAAUUCCCCGACCGUCCUAUACGUCACGGUAAUAAAUUCUGGGCUUGGGUACAUUGGCACGUUGAUGUCGAAAUCCUCCAGCUAGCACAAGCGGAGAGCAUCACCGUUGCAUGCGUCGAUGGGGCGCAUAAUACACAGCCGGAGCAGCCGCGGUGGAAUAUUUCAGGAACUUUGAAUAGCUGCCGCUAUGUGGUAAAGCCGGAAUUGAUUUAUGAUGACGGCGAUAAUCAAUCAGGCGCAGCAUCCCUUCUAUUCCGUCACCCUGUGGAGCCAGGCACAGGGGAAGGGGGCUGGAUGAAGCCCAGUGUUGAUGUGCAGGUACAGGCAGCCAAACAGAGCGUGGCUGCCCCGCAAAAGCAGUUUACGCGGGAGGAAAUCGAAAAGCACCACAGUGAAGAUGAUUGCUGGAUCGUCGUAGACGGCAAAGUUUAUGACGCAACGGGGGUUUUGUCCUGGCAUCCAGGCGGGAAAGCACCCAUCCUUGCACAUGCAGGCAAAGUUCACUAUGAGACCACUGAAGAGUAUGCAAGCAUACAUGAUGACUACGCUGCAGAGAAGCUCCAAGAGUGCAUUCUGGGCGUGGUGACAGAAAAGGCGAUGAAGUACAUCGAGAAGAAUGCAGAGCAAGCCAAGAAGGAAAAACAGCAAACUGCGCAGCCUAAUGAUCAGGCACUGCAGAGACAUCGGUGGAUCCCUGUCAAAUUGCUCGACCGCAAAGCCAUCAGCAGAGACACCCACGAAUAUACGUUUAAGUUGCCCGAGGGGAAACCUACUCUAGGCAUUGGUGCUUGCCAGCACAUCGAAGUAGCCUUUCACAUGAAGGACCGAAUGCUCAUACGACCAUAUACGCCAACUCAGCCGCUUCUCCCUCCCGCAUCGUCGUCUUCAAACGGCUACCAGGAAAACGGAAAGUCUCAUUUCGUUAGUCAAGUUCGAGACGGCAAGGGGGCUUUCACAUUGACCAUCAAGACUUAUUUCCCCAAUGAUGACCAACCAGGAGGUGCGAUGUCGAACGUUUUAGACUGUCUACCGUUGGGAGAAGAGGUUGACAUCCGAGGUCCGACGGGGGAUCUUGUUUAUGAAGGAUACGGCAACUUCACCAUCGCAGGAGAGAAGAAAAAAUUCAAACGGGUAUCGCUAGUGAUUGGAGGCAGUGGCAUCACCCCAGCAUAUGCCCUGAUAGCCCGUAUACUUCUCACAGACGGAGACAAGACCAAGAUUCGCGUCAUCGAUGCGAACAAGACAACAAGCGAUAUUCUCUUACGCGACCAACUGGAUAAAUUCGUAAAAGACAGUGCCAGCCAGCUGGAGAUAACUCACGUUAUCUCAAAACCAGACGAAAAUUGGCAUGGACUUUCAGGACACGUCAACGAGAGUAUCCUUCGGGAGCACAUCUUUGAACCUUCUGAUGAAAAUGUGGCCAUUCUGUGCGGUCCCCCGACGAUGAUUGGAAAGGCAGUGUUGCCUGCCCUUGAUGAUUGGGGAUAUGUGCGCGACGAGAAUGUGUUUGGCCUCUGAAAGUUUUAACUACUGGACCGCAACAAGCGGUGGAUAUUCCUGAUACCGGCUCUAGAGACAAGAGCCAAGUUAAUUAAGGAAGAACGUAUAUAUACGAUAUAAUCAAAGUCAAUCACCACAGAGGGGUA